GCGCCGGCGCUAAAUGUCAUCUACCCUCGACCCCAGCGGUCCUGCGUCGCUCAUUGAACUUGAUCCUUGCUGCCUGUCGUGCGUGCGUCUCUCUUGGCGAUCUGUGGGAACCCGUCGACUCGUUUCCGCUAGCCGCUGGUCGCAGUGGGGAGAAAAGAAGAGCCGCCUGAUCGUGUGGGCCGCUCUUCCGACCGAUCCGUUUCGUCCGGCUCGCGUACCACUCCACGGAAGGCGUCGGAUAGGCGAGACGCCGGCAAGCCUCCCGCAGCGAAGCGACCACCGCCGGUGACGGUGGGUGUAGUCUCUCACCGCGGCGGAGCAUUGGUUCUCUCUCGCCACAUGAGGAGCCGACUAGCCGCCGCCAAGAUGGCCGCUGACCGGCGACAGUCACCGCGUCGCUCCGUACCGUAGUGUGCUGUAGCCGCCUGUGCGCGUGUGUUUCCGUGCUGAUCGGCGCCCGAAAGGGAGAUAGAGCCAUGGGUAUUCAAGCCCUUCAGAAGUUCAUUGAGGCCAACUGCCCGGGCGCCUGCGUUCCCGUGGAUCUGCUAAAAAUCGCGCGCAACGCCGCUGUCCGCCGCCCCGGGGGGCGCGGAAACCCGCGACUGCCAGCCGCCGGCAACCGCCUGUGCCUAGUCGUCGACGGCGAGUGCUGCCUAGACCGGCUCUACGGAGGCUACUUCUCGGACUGGGUAUGUGGCGGCCAGUGGAACCGCAUGGUCCAGUUCCUGUCCGUGCUCAUCCAGACGAUCCAGAACAACAACAUCGAGCUGGCCGUGUUCUUCAAUGGCAGCCUCGAGCCGCAGCGGCUCGAAGAGUGGCACCGGCAGCAGCAGGCCGAGCGACGCAAGGUGGGCCAGGUGCUCAAGCAUGUGGCGACCAAGGCCACGCCGCCGCCCAAGGUGUGGUGGAUAGCUCCCGUCUGCCUGAGGACCUGCCUGCGAAUGGCGCUGCGGCAUCUGAACGUCACCGUGCUCUGCAGCAUGGACGACCACCGGCAGGAGGUGAUCGCCUUCUGCCGCGAGAACGGCUUCCACGGACUCAUGGCCGAGGAUGCCGAGUACGCCAUCUUCGACCCGCCGCGAUACUUCUCGUCGGCACAGCUCAAGCUCACAUACAAGGGUUCCUUGGAAACACGGGAGUUCAUCCUGGAUGAAGUGGCUCGCAGCCUGAACCUGCACCCGAACCGUUUCUGCGUGCUUGCAGCACUGCUUGGAAACUACCUGCUCUCAGAGGAGGACCUUACACCCUUCCAUCGCUCCCUCUGUCCCGAUGCCAAGGGCAAGGCGAUUCCCCCCGAGACCCUGAUCCCCGCAGUGGUGGAGUUUGUGCGAGGCCUGCCUUCCACGGAAGACCUGGACGCCCUGGGAGCUCGUGUCUUCCCCGGCGCUCCCCGUGACAAAGUGCAGCGGCUGAAGAACUGCGUGCACUACUACCUGAACGGCACCCGAGACGGGUUCCUGCGCUACCGACCCUCGAGCCAGGGCCGCCGGCACGAGUCUGGCUGCUACCCAUCCACAUCUGGCUCUGCUUCGGGGUUGCCACCGAUCUCCGAGCAGCCCGCGGUCAAUGGCAAAGCUGACGUUUUGUCACCAAGCCUCGAUUUGUCAUCACCCGGAGAAGAUGGCCUACAGCGGUCAGAUCCUGCGAAAUUUGCAUCCGAGACUGCCGAAAGAGAGUUGUCAAGUCUGACGGCAUACCGCCAGGCAACGGGCGGCGGCUACCCUACAGCUGGUGUCAACGGAAGCGUUGUGAACGGUGCCUACAAGCCAGGCGAACCUCUAGACUUAAGUCGGAAGAGCACCGAGGAUGACAGCGCCGCGGCAGAUGCCAAUGGCAUCGCACAGCAGAACGGCCCUGCACACGUGAAUGGUGGCCCCCUGGGCCCAAGCUCAUCGAGCAGCAACAGCUCCAGCCCUGGCCGCCAGAGCCCUAAAUCUUGGCAAGGACGUAAGGGCCAGAAGGGCAGUGCCGGGGCCGGCAGCACCGGCAGCGAGCAAGCAAGCACCAGCGGCAGCAGUGCGGCUGCCGAGGGCCGUGUUGGCGGCACGUUCGUUAUGCCCGAGGCACCCAAGCUGCCCAAGGUACCUCCAGAGGUGAUGCGGACAGCAAGCGAGCGGCACCAAAAAGGCCUCAUGUCUCCCUGGAUUUACCAGCUGCUGUCACAGGGCGCCAUCAAGAUUCCCGUGGCCAUUGAAGACGAGGCUCCACGUGACAUUCCUUGGGGAGUGACUCUGUUCCGACCCAUCCGGCAGAUGGUUUACGCCGUGCUGUUCAACAUGCACCACCAUGCGUUUGUUGCCAGGCAAAAGAGGGAGGCGGCUGCUGCAUCUGCAGGCGGUGAGGCCUCCAAGACAAACAAGGAGAACGCCUUCUCUGAAGAGUCCAAAGGCCCAGCCCCCGUGGUGGUCGUGGAGUGGCUGGGCCGCUCGGGCGGUGGCAAAGGUGCCAGCCGGCGCCCUUACGAGCUGGUGGAAGGGGUGCAGCUGGGCUGGCCCGUGCCCACCGUGCAACGCCUCUGGCUGGGCCCGUCGCUGGACGACAAGAAGUGCCGGCUGCGCGCUUUCCUCAGCUGCCUGCGCAGCGACGUGCCCCUCAUGCUGAACACGGCCUACGUGCCCCAGCACCUGCUCAUCCCCUGUGCCGUGCUCCGUUUCCUCAUGUCCCAGGGUGGACCCGGUGGUGCACCCGUGCUGCGGCGCCAGGAGCUGGAUGCGUUCCUGGCGCAGGCAGUCUCUCCACAGCUGAUGGAUGCCCAGAGCACCCAGGGCAUGCAGCUACCCCUGGUGGCCGUGCGGGGUACACAGCUCGCCUCUCUCUUCCUGCAGGGUGUGGAGCAUGCACUGUUUGCCAACGAUGCGUGCGGUGCACCGGUUCCCUGGCUGAUGUGCUGCCCAUGGCUGUACUUUGACGGCAAGCUGUUCCACCAGAAGCUGCUGAGGGCCGCCCAGGCCAAGAGUCUCGUCGAGGUUUGCGGCGGACAGAUCGACCAAGUAGCCAAGGUGGAGCGCAUGCGUGCCGCCAUCCUCGAGGGACUCCAGGUGGAGUUCGCGCGUGCGCCCUUGCCCACGAUGGGGGGCAUGCCGCGCUUCAUGCCGGGCUACCCGCCACAUGGGGGCCCGCGGGUGGGCGGACCUAUGGGCAUGGGCCCACCCCCUAGGGGGCCGGCAGCUGGCCGAGGGAUGCCUCCUCCGGGCCCACCUCGCCGUGGGGCCCUUCUCGCCCGCGGGGGCCAGUUGGAGAUAGCCGGCGUGGUGGUUGGCUCGUGGGGGGCCAACUACGGACAGGGGCCAAGGGGUGCCUCUGCCGGACCUCACCGGGGUGGGGCCCGGGGCCCACCCCUACCGCCACAGGUCACAUCAGUUGGAGGACGGUACGGAAUGGGCCGUGGCAUGAUGCCUCGACGUCCCAUGGGACUCAACCGACGGCCAGGAGCACCUUUCAACCAGCUAAACAGACGUACAAGCAAAAAGAAGGCGUCCAAGACUGUGACCAAGGAGGAGCCCACGCCAAAACUGGUCGGCAAAGGCCGUGGAUGCACCAUCGAGACUGGGGAGAAUUGCACCAUUGAGGUGAGUGAGCUGGCGGCCAAGGACCUGGAAGCCAGCGUUGCUGGCUCGGACGAAAACGACUGCCCUACAGCCACCACCAUCGCACCCACCCUGCUCAUUGCGGGCGCCACCGUCACCGAGACCGACACCGACGGCCCACUUAGCACCAACGGAGCUGCCGCGGCUUCGGAACAGUUUGCCUCUGUCUAGCCUGCCAGCAAGAGUCUAGCAGCUGCCGCGUGCGCUCUAGGGGUCACUAGUGCGCUGACCGGCCUGCCUUGAUGCCCAUUGCUGACAGUUUUCUGUUGCUUCUUUAAAUUCCGCUGUUCUGGUUCGACCAUUGUCUCUAGUGCUCGGUUUACGCGACUACAUUCUGCCCCAUUUGGUGCCUUCGUUUUUAUUUUGUUAGUAGGUCUAGAUAUGGGGUGUUUGUCAAUAGGUACGGUUCAGUAUGUAGUGAGUGCUACUUGUAGUACCGUCUUGUUAUAACCACCUGCGAUAUCAGCAAGACUGGCAGUGGGAGCCUUUGCGCCACUUGAUACAAGCUAUGUGACCAGCGUUCAUUGGUUUCAUUGCAUUAGCCGCUGACACCAUGGUGGAGGUGAAAGAAGGUGUUGCCGCUGAUAAAGCAGAGUCUAUUGUUAUGCCUUCAACGUAUUCAAAGUAGACCAGCCAGCAAAAAUGCUGCGUCCUGCAAGUUCUUGUCUUGAUAAGCAUGUUAACAUGUGACUGUGAAUAUUUGCCAGCGUGCAGCCUCGCUGAUGUUGCGGAUGGUUUUCACCAAGUGAUAGUGCAGGUAUCGAUACUAGCGAGUGUUAGCUUGUCCAGCAUUCGGGUGAAUGCAGGCGAAGUGGGCGUUCAGGUGGAGGGGUGGAGGCGUAACCACGAGUGGCCUACAUGGUCCGUGAUGCAGAACUCAAGCUUAGCUAAUCUUCCAGUAACCAAGUGUAUUUUGCUUUGCUGCUGGUCUUUGCUGCCGGUGUAAACCUUCGGCAGCAACACGAUUACCCAACUGCAGAAAAUUUACAUGAGCACCGAAGGAGAUUGUACGCUUGGUCACUGCAAUAUUGGCGGGUUUUGUCUGUUUGAGCUCUACGCCACCAGGUGGCAGCACGGCACAGACCGCUCUUGUUUACGUCUGUGUUUACCCGAAUAACGGACAAGCUAAAACUGUCCACUGGCUGUGUUUUCGUCUGUUCCUCUCAACAUCAAUCUGGCGCCUGCGGAAUGGACCUUCAAACUUCAUUAUCAGAUUCUCUGGCUCCUUCACUUAGUAUUUGUUGUCACCAGGUAAUCACCGAAUUGCACUCUGUUUAUGGCUCAUGGGUAUGCUUGGUUUAAUAAUGUGAAAGAAAUUUUGUUCCUCCCUUCUUGUGGUGUCUUAGUGCCACCCACAGCUGUGAGCUAUUUAAAUCUGUGCUAUAGCAAGUCUUUUGCAUAGUCAACUGUCGGCACAGGAGGUCGGUCAGGCAUAGAGACCCACGGAGCGAUGUGGCAUCAACUUCCCUUCCACUUUGUCAUCCUCAUCCCUGUUUUCUUGCGGAACAGUCUCCCCAACGUUGUUACAGCACGUGUGUACUGGACACGACUCGGCUGCGCCGACCAGUGGUGUGGACCACACCGUACCUGAGCACACGGCAUCACCGCGGACUUGUUGGGGAUGAACUGUGUGUGUGUGUGUCUGUGAACAAGUGAGACAGUUUUUAUCUACAACUACUCGACCAUUAUUUUUUUUAUGAACUCAUCGUGGACUUGGAAGAUCGAGUGAUGACUCAUUAGUAUCAAAGGACUUCUGGUGAAGACAAGGACUCGCAUCAGCGCUGCGCUGCAUAAGCCGCGUCGUCUGCUCUGGUUGCUGUGUACCGACUGCGUCGAGCCUGUGCUGCAUUGGGCUGUGCCCCUAAUGGAAUUGGAUUGCGGGCAGGCCACAUUUCGUACUCGCUGCCCUCGUGAGCUGCGGUCUCCCAUCGAGCUAAUAAUGUUGGUCGUGUUGAUUGAGUGGUUGGUCUCACGACAAAGUCUGCGUCGGGAGAGCCCGCGCUUAGUACUGCUCGUCUCUCGAUUGUUAAUGUUGGCACCAGACCUUUUUCUUUCUUUUUUUGCAUGUAGGUGCAGAAAGUAUCUCGUAAACUGAAAAUGUUUUGGUAAAUAGAGGAUUGCAAUGAUCCAGGGAAAAUGUUUAGAAAAAGAAAACAGUAAGUGCUGAAGUGGCUGGGCGUAAUGAACACUGUGUAAAGAAAAUUGCAGCUUUGAUGGCGACUGCAGCACAGGAGACACGGUUCCAGAGACCAGAGGCAGGCUGGUGUUGGCGUACAGCGUGCUGUGUACAGUGUUUAGACUUCUUUUUUUCUUUGUUAGGUUUUGCAAGGUGUAUAUUUAUCGGAGCAAUGUUGGUGAGAACUGGGAACAAGAUGGCCGCCGACUGGCUGCAGAUUGUGCAUUGUUAGAUGAGGAGGAAAGAGGGAUUGCAAUGGUUAUGUGCAGGCUGGUAUUUAUGGCCACCAGAGUUUUGCAAAUGACGGAAGCGGCGCAUGUCUUGUAUUUAUUCUUUUUUUCCUUUGAACAGUAGGUAAUUGUUUGUCUUGCGCCACCUUAGUAUUAAAGUGGCUUGGGACAGUGGUUACUUCUGCUGCUGUUCCCUGCCGUUUGGUUUCACAGCAAACCAGCGAAACCUUAGGAACAGGGGAUAAAGGGAAAUGCUUUUUUUAAAGAAAAAGCAACAGUGUAAAAAAAAAACAGGCAUGAUCGCGCAAUCAGUGCCCUGCUACCAUUCCCACAACACCCACCCGAUUUGGGGGGAUCCCCCGUUGUGGGUUACGUGAAACAACCAUAGCAAAAUGAGAAACGGAAGAAAAAGGAAGACUUUCUCCGGGAAUCUUUUCGGGAGGUUUUGGUUGCAGCAGUUUUGCGAGGCGCACUCGCAAAGGCGACGACUCUAGAUUACUUUCCUUUGGGCUGCGAUGACGAAGAAGCCGGUGGGGCCUCUUUCUCCAUCGGACAAAAAAAGGACAGGCAGCCCCAGUGUUCAUUCAAUGUCACUCCUCUUGACUCUCUGUUAAACGCUAGCCUCCCACCCACAAAAGGCAGCUGAAGCACCGCCACUUGUUUCCAAGUUGACAGGGAGUUAUGUGACGUGCCAUAAGCUAUGGCCUUCUUCCAACAGUAACUGCAUUGGCUUUCUGUUGCACGCAGCGGAGCCAUUGCACAAUGAUGAUCAAAGACACAAAUGCUUACUCAGUUUUAGAAAGCGAAAUAAAAACAAACUGAAGCAAGGAAAAGAAGUUGCGCCAUAAAAAGCGCCAACAUGGCACUAAACUUGCUGCUUGAGACACCAUGCUUGCAGAACUUUGAUGGGAACAGUCUUUUUUUAAUUUUUUGUUGUUUUUUUUUUUCUUCCUUAGACCUGUUGAGAGGCGAAGGGCGCUUGUUCGUCCUCACCCCCUCCCCCCACUCCCGAUUUUUAUAUUCAAUGUUCUUAAGGCAAGGCGAAAGUGUCGCAACCUUUCAAACUAAGCAUCCUGCUUCUACUACUAAAUGACGUAGACAAGGUACUCCGCGCAUAACUGACUUCAAGAACAGGGGAACUCAACGCAGAGUUCCGUGCCGCAAAAUAAACGGAGUUGAAUGUGUCUUGCAACCUUCAAGACUUUUCUGUUGCGCGCGUGCAACUUUUAAGAGACAGCCCACAGCCCAGCGCUUUUGAGCGACCCUGGGCACCCGAAAGCUGAGGGUAGACGACGUAAUGAGAGACGUAAUGUUAACGUGACAAAAUAUGGCAUCCUGAGCAGGCUUGUUUCCUGCACAUAGCGAUGACCAGACUUCAUGCUUAAUGCGGGUAGGUAUUGGGGCCUCCGGGUGCUUGCCUCUUCUUCAAAAUGCUCGAUGAGCUCUCUUUCUUGGCACCAAGCAGCGAAGUGAAGACCGAGCCGGCGCAACUGCAAACCGCAGCAAUGGUUCUCUCUCCCGACUGCACGCACCCGCCCCCUUUCACCGUGCCCCGCAGCAGAAAUUGCAUGAGCGAUAUAAAGUAUCGAUUUUCUUUUUUUUCUUUUGUAAGCCCGUCUGGUUGCACUGGACAGGGGCAAUGUGCUUGUUGCAUCCUGCAUUUUUUGUUUUCUCUAAACUCCCCCUUCCUGCAAUAAGUGCAGCUUUUCACUUCUUGAAAAGUUUGGGUGCAGACGACGCUUUAGCAGCGUCUGCCAGUUGUACCAGCUAUACUUUAACGCUAGAUCGAGUGUAGGUGGGGAGCCAGGUAGCCUCAGUGCUUUUGUGUAAAUGUGUCAAGCAGUUGUUCACUGCUUUGCUAUAGGACCAGCUCCUAUUUUUUUAUUCCUUUAGUUUCUGCUUUUGGCGCUCUUGUGUUUUAAUGGGUAGCGGCUGCCCCUUCCCAUAUAGCGCCCCUCAAGUUUUUCUGAAGCCGUGUUCAUUUUGUAGUGGCGACUGUUUCUUGGUCCUCGUAGUGAAGGCUUCAGUGACGUGUCGAGCAGCGUUCGCAUCUGAUUUUUUUUUUCAUUUGCUGAAACUGCUUCGAUGCCCAUAAAUGUACCACUAUAUUGAGAUGAGUUAUGGUGUUUGUCUGCGUAACGCCGGGCCUAGCGCCUUUGAUAUGCAUGCCAGGACAUGGCACCAUUAGGCGGUCGCAUGUUUGAAAUGUGUAUUAUUAUCAUGGUUAUCAUUACUAUUAUCUGUGCUAGGAAACUGCUGCAGUGAACAAACACGGGAGAGAGCAAGAAAAAAAAUUCAUGUCGUAGCAUUAACACCAAGCACCAUCGUUUGCCACUGUGUGCUGUGGAAAAAAAAAACUUAUUACAAGUGGGUGCACUAUAUCGGUUUGUUAGACAAAUGUACUUCUGCAGUAUUGCAUUCUUGAUUGUUUAAACUGCUUGCUGACUUUUGCCUUUUGUAGGCUAUCAUGACCCUAGCACUAAGUGAGUGCUGUGCUUUUUUUUUUGUCUCGAUUCUUUGAGAAAACAGUGUAAACCUUUGUGCUUUGUGAAGCUUGUCAACGUGAAAAGAAGGGAAAGCUUGCUUUGUGGCCAAAACGUGGCCCAGUGGGUUUGUCAGGAUGUGGCCGCACACAAGAUGGAGGAAACUAUGGGCAUUCUUGAAAGAAAAUAUUUGCUGUUGCAAGCAUUUAUGCGAGCCCGAAGCGGGAACACCCUUAGACCUACUGUUUCCGCUCGAAGGAGGCUCGUAACCCCGGCAGUCACCUUUGAAGUUGCAUUCCCUUCUCCCGUUUUCGAAGCAGCUCGUGAAGCAUGUUUUCGGAACUCGUAAUGAGUUUCCAAGUGGUUGGGUGCAUAUAUUGCAUGUUUCAGCAGGCCAUUGUGAAAUUGUUAUUUUCUGUCCGGCUUAAACGGGCUGUAGUUGCGCUCUGCAGCAGCUGCCAUAGCUAUCUCAGCUUUGAAACCCAUUGCAGGGCCAUUGCCUAGUGGUUAUCGUUUAGGCAUGUUGUCGAACUGAACCAAGCUUCUGAUUUUAAAUGUGGAGAGGAUCGACCCUCACGCAAAAACGGGUUCAGCUCAGUUUGUUGCAGAUGUGUUGCGCUCCCGAUUCACAUUGUUUCUUCCAUCUUGUGUGCUUGCUUUGUCGUGAUAAAACUGUCGGCAAGCCUCGUAAAUGACACUAUAGGCACCGGACGUGCAGGCUGUUGCGUCUUACGAGGGCGGGAUACAGGCUCAAUGCAUGCGGCACGACUGUCGGUCCGAAUUCCGUUUUACAGCAUCUGCUUAUAAUUGCGUUUUUCUCGCCUACCAGCAGGCGGCAGUUCCUCGUCGUCAACAGCUCCUAGUUGCUUUCAGGUUCUUAACCCGACUCGGCCUGUCUCCUUGUUGGUUGCUGUUGAAACAGGAGCCGUUACGCUCUCGGCAACAAGGCCAGCAGGAUGUGCCUAUAUGGCCCAGCAGACUCGCAGGCUGGUUGCUGUCAUGUUCCAAGUACAAUUAGAGAACAAGUAGCCUGCAAUUUUUUUGGCCUGUAGUAUUGAUGUGCAAGUAUCAACAGGGAGGAAAGCUUAGGUCCCUGGCAACGCUCAUGGGUUGAGUGUUGCUCUUGGGCCUUAUACCCCAAUCGCACAGGGGACUUUCAUUUGAAGUCAAACCCAAACGGGAUCAAAUUUAUCGAUGACGAUUGGCUCCCUUGCGCAGCUUGCAUAAAGAAGCCAAUUGAGGAGAUUGAUCCUUGUUGAGCUCGAUUGCGAUUGAAAGUGCCUCGCGUGACUGGCGUGUUACUCAUCUCACUUUUGCACCUGAACUGCAGUUGUAGCGAAGUUCUAGGCGCUGUGCAGGCUUCCUGAAAUAUUCAUCAAAAUUUUCAGGCUGUAAUGUGGUUACCCCGUAAAUUGAUUGGGCCUGUACACUAGCUCUUCGCAGUGCAUCAGCCAAUGUGCCAUGGAGUGCCAGGUUGGAGCAAGGCUUCGUUGAAUUUUCUGCAUAUAUAGCAUGUCUCUUUGGUUAUUGUUCACUCGGAGUGCACCUUACUAACCUGUCUGCCCCCUUUUUUCUUCUUUAGGCCAACGUGUUGUAGUAAGUGGGUUGUCUGUAUAAUUGUCAGUUUUUUGGCAUGAGCAUUUAUUACGCCAUGGUAACCAGUUAUCUUGAUAAGCAGUGUAUCUUCUUAACAUUAAUCAGUGUCGCGGGGAAGGCCGCACUACAGCUGCAAAAAAAGGAGACUGGGAGAAGAAAAAGAAAAAUGUGGAUUUAAUAAGCGUCGCCGCGUACCAUAACUCCAGUUGCUGUAUGCGAUUGCAUGUCUUGCAUGGGUUUCCCCGAAGCCCACAUUACUGUCAAUUUGUAACUUCUUUUUCUUGCAGCACAUGGUCUUCAUAAUGUUUUUUUUUACACUUUCUCCAUUGUAAGGAAGAGCAGGAUGAUUCAGAGAACAGUCAACAAGAGAAGCCUUUUCACUAAGAAGGCUGGCUUAGUAGGUUCACGGAAGGCACUGACAAAUUUGUGUCGAAGAGGGGACAAUUUGUAAUUGGGGCUGGGAUAAAGUUUGAAUCAAAGCGAACCAGGGAUGAAACGGCCUAGGUACGGGAGGGGAAAUGCAUGCGACAAAGAACAUGGCUGAAAUUGGAGUGUGUACCGGGCUGAAAGUUGGUUAACGGCAAGCAAUCUGUGUUGGCGAACAUGGCGCGUGUGUUGGGAGUCAACUUCGCCGAGAGUAGAAAAAAAGAAGCAUCUUGUGUGAGCAGGCGCCUCUGCGAUGCCCGGUGCGUCGGCAGUUGUGCGCCGUCAUGCUGGUCUCUGGAGAGGGAUGUAAUUCAUGUGUUGCCAGUUUUGUGAAUAAAACUGAUUUGUUUUCCUCA